AUGAAGCGCGACGAGGAGCGAGCGCGCAAGAUGUGGAGAGACAUCGGCGUGGCAGCGAUGCAGCAUGGUCCCAAUUCUCUCCAUCAUCAUCAACCUCCAACCAUGUACGGUGGUUCUGCAGGAGUUCCUGGCAAUGGUUCGACCGCCACGUUACCCAACAACCCACAUUGGAAUCAACCGGGAUACCGGAACUCGUACAGUUUGCCCCAUCCGAGCUCACAAAAUGGCGUCGGUGAGCGAAAUGGCGGCAGUCGGGGUGUUGAUGGAGGCCCAAAUCGCUAUCAACACUACGACGUGAAGCCUCUUUCACAGGCUCCAUCCUUUCCGGAGAUCUCGAGUGCCAACUACAACGGCAAUGGGUACCAUCAUGCGCACCAGCAUGGGCAUCAUCAUCAACAGCAUCAUCAUCAUUUGCAGCAAUCGCAGCACCAUCAAGUGGCGGGUCAUCACGGACAUAAGCCUCCGAGACCGUUGUCGAUGUACGAGCUAAGCAAUGGGCAUCACAAUGGUGGCAGCAGUAGUCCACAGUUGCACUCGCUGCCACCGAACUUUGUGCCACAUCAAACCCGCAACGGUAAUGGACGAUCGCCACCGCCAUUGUCGAUGCAUGCGCCUGGUGGAAAUCAUCAGCAGCAUGGUGUGGGUCCACGAUCGCCGGUAGGUCACGGCGUUGAAGGUGUUGGUGGAGGUCGUGCGUUGUUACAGCAACCGGAAGAACUGAAAGUCGACCCGGAGCUUAUCUUCACAAAGCAGGAACGAAUCGGUAAAGGAUCCUUUGGUGAAGUAUUUAAAGGUGUUGACAACCGAACACAGCAGGUGGUUGCAAUUAAGAUCAUCGAUCUCGAAGAAGCGGAAGAUGAAAUCGAGGAUAUUCAGCAGGAAAUCAUGGUGCUAUCACAGUGUGAUUCACCGUUUGUCACCAAGUACUUCGGUUCAUACUUGAAGGGCACUAAGCUAUGGAUCAUCAUGGAGUACCUCGGAGGCGGGUCCGCCCUAGACCUCAUGAAAGCGGGCCUCUUCGAGGAGAUGCACAUCGCCAUCAUUUUGCGCGAGGUGCUCAAGGGUCUGGACUACCUGCACUCCGAGCGCAAGCUGCACCGAGACAUCAAGGCGGCGAACGUGUUGCUGAGCGAGCUAGGUGACGUCAAGCUGGCCGAUUUCGGUGUCGCAGGCCAGCUCACGAAUACCACGAGCAAGCGGAACACAUUCGUCGGAACACCGUUCUGGAUGGCACCGGAAGUAAUCAAGCAGUCCAUGUACGACUCCAAAGCCGACAUUUGGUCGUUAGGUAUUACCGCAAUCGAGCUGGCAAAGGGUGAACCGCCCAAUUCCGAGCUGCACCCGAUGCGGGUGCUGUUUCUCAUUCCGAAGAACAAUCCACCUCAGCUGACCGGUAGCUACACGAAGCCAUUUAAAGAUUUUGUCGAAGCGUGCCUAAACAAAGAUCCUGAAAAUAGACCAACCGCGAAGGAGCUGCUUAAAUUCCCGUUCAUUAAGAAGGCGAAGAAAAAUUCAUACCUGAUCGAUUUGAUCGAUCGAUACAAGAAAUGGAAGUCUCAGAAGGGCGAAGAGAGCGAAACGGAGUCGGAAAAUUCAGACUCUGAGGAUUCGAAGCAGGAUAGUGAUCUAGAUGAACCGUGGAUUAUGACGGUGAAGGGAAUGAAUUUUAACAACUUUAAUAAAAAUGUGAUGGAAGACCCGCUAGGAUCGCCGGUGAAACACAACGGCACCAGCAACGUCGGUGGAGUCAGCUCGAACCGGGAUAGGGAUUACAAUUUGAACCAACACAAAACGAGUCAGCCACGAACGUCCUCAUCGCCAUCGCAUCAGUCCUCGUCGACGCUGAUUGCAGCCAACAAUGCCACCAACAACAGCAACACCAGCCCAAUGAUAGUGGAUUCGCGGAAGGAGCGCGACCUGCAAAAUCAAAUCUCCGCCAUGCAGCUGCAAAAGGAAAAGGAAGCGAGCUUAGAACGGCAGCAGCGCGAGCACCGGCUGGAGCGUGAAGCGGAAUGGGAAAAGGAUCGCGAAAAGGAGCGAGAACGCGAGCGCGAUCGCGAACGGGAACGAGACCGGGAGCGGGAACGCGAUCGCGAACGAGAACGGGAACGGGAGCGGGAUCGCGAAAGGGAUCGAGAUCACCGCGAACGGAUAGAGCGUGACCACCGGGAAAAGGAUCGUGAUAACAAGGAGCGCAAAAUUAUCGCCUCCGACAGUUUGGGCGGAUCGGGCAGCGAACACGAGAAACGCAGCAGCAGUUUGCGACGCGAACGGGACUCUCCGAGCCACAACAACACCAACGGCAACCCGCGUACCAACAGUAUUACGAGUGUAAAUAAUAACUCCAGUAAAAGCUCGAGUCGAUCCUCGUCGACGGUGGCAAGUACGGCGAGCAGCGGUUGUCUUAAGGCGAUCAUCUUCCCCCUGCUAUCUGAGAUGCAGAGAAAUUACAACAGCGGCUCAGACAUGGGAGACCUGCGGCUAGCCUUCGAAAGCGCCGAACGGAGUAGUCCGGGUGUGAGUGAUCUGUUCGUGAAGGAAAUCAUCCACAAGCUCGUCCCCGGUUUCUCCGAGACGCGAAUCAAUACGCUUAUAGAUAAAGUGACACGCCGAGCUUCCGGUAACUCCUCCAAGAUGACUGUCCUAUACUAG